AUGUACUGGCGAAUGUACUGGCUUGCCCUGAAGCCAGCUGGCCAGCAGGCCAGCCCCGCCUGCCCUCAAGGCUGGGCCGUCGGCGCCUGCUUGUCCAGGCCACAACUUAUCCAGCAGCAAAUUGUAGCGCAUAAAUGCGCAAUAUCAUUGCUCCAGGGCAAGGCGAGCAAAUGUGGCCGUAGCAAUUGCCCUGUUGACCGAUAA